AUGGAGCGAUCCCUAACCCGCUGCCUCCGGUCGAGGCCGACAACCUCCCUCCUCUCAAACCGUCAGUCGAACCUCACAAACCAGCCGCUAUUCGCGCGGUCAACAGGCCUGCAACUGCUCCGCUUCAACUCCUCAAUCCCCAUCAACAACGCCGAAAACACCCGCAACACCCGCAACACCACCACCACGACUACCGCAUCUCACUUUGUCCGACCCCAGCGAGCACCGCUCCAACCAAAUGUCUCCGCCGAAAUGAAUGGAAUCUUCGACCAACUCAACUUGGCCGCCAAAAACCCCAAGAGCGUGGCAGCCAAAGCCCAGAACAACAAGGAAAAGGAACCCACGCUCUCGCAUCAUGAGCGCAAAAGCAAGAUUCAGCUGAAGCUUAACCCGACGCUGGGUCGUGAGGUUACUAUUGCUAGUGAACGGGGAUUUGAUUUGGAUAAGGCGCAUAAACAGCUUAACGUCAUUCUUAAGGAUAACAAUGUCAAGUAUCAACAGGUGGCGCAGAAGUUUCAUGUGCGGAAAGGCCAGAUGAGGAAGAACCUGCGGAUCAAGAGGUGGAGGAAAUUGUUCGCUUAUUCGUUUGCGCAUACGGUUGGAAAGAUUCACAGGAUGAGGGCGCAGGGGUGGUAG